AUGAGCAUCCAGCGGAUUGGAUUUUUUGUGCAAGGCGGCCUGCCGUGGGUUGCAAACUCGAUUCCUCGACGGGAGAUCUCGACGCCCACAUCCCCGUUCACAUCCACGUCUAUAUUCCCGUCCACUAUCCGGAAAAGACAGCGCAGAGUCGUCGAACUGGCAGAGGACAGCGAGGGUGACUGGGAGCCAGCGGGAGUUUCGGUCACCCGGGGGCAGCCACAGCCACAGUCACAGCCUUUGCUAGAAUCGACGCAGCCAGCACCGCUAUUGAACCGGACUCCACCAGCAACUGACGCGACUUCAUCGCCUAAUUCCGCACGGUUUCCAUUCGACCGCGAGGUACACGAGCGCCGACCGGUCGAAACCGAGAGCAGGGUCCAGCUGAUGAGCGAAUGGCAGCACAACGAAGAGCCGCUUUUAGGGGUUGAUGGUGCACUCGGAUCAGGAAAACUUUCCAGCACCGCUGCUUUGGUGCGAACAGCAAGCAGACAUGAUGAUGAUGAUGAUGAGGCUAUACGGCGCCUAAUAAAGGAGCUUGAUGAUGAGGCUACACGGGGCCUAGUAAAGGAGCUUGAUGAUGAGGCUACACGGCGCCUACAAAGGUAUCUCGAUUAUCAGGCUACACGGCGCCAACGAAAGAAGCUCUAUGAUGAGGCUGCACCGCACCUACAAAAGGUGCUCUAUGCACCGCGCCUACAAAAGGACCUCGAUGAUGAGGCUACACUGCGCCUAGCAAAGGAGCUCCAUGAUGAAACUAUACGGCGCCUACAAAAGGAGCUCCAUGCCAAGGCUGUACCGCGCCUACUGAAUGAGCUCCUUGAUGAGGCUAAACAGCGCCUACGAAAGCUGUUCAGGCUACACGGCUCCGAUUAA